AAGGAAACGACUAUGCUAAGAGCGCUUAUAAAUAAUGCGUAGAAAUUGUGAAUUAUAUUGAAUGAUGUGAAAUUAAGUACGAGACAUUAAGGUUAAAACAUGGUGAUUUUAAGGUCCCAUUUCUAUCUUUUGGUUUUCUUUGCAAGUCUUCUCAUUUCAACUUGCAGCCAAGGCCAUCUCUGUUAUCCAGACAGCCAUGUUGCCUUAUUCAUCUUUGGAGAUUCGCUUUUUGAUGCUGGCAAUAAUAAUUACCUCAAAGAUCCUGUUGGCCGAGCAAAUUUCUGGCCGUACGGCAAAACAUUCUUUAAGCAUCCUACAGGGAGGUGCUGUGAUGGUCGAAUAAUUCCAGACUUUAUUGCUGAGUAUCUGAAGUUGCCCUUUAUUCGGCCAUAUCUUGAGCCUGGGAAUCAUCAAUUUACAGAUGGAGUGAAUUUUGCAUCAGGAGGAGCUGGCGUUCUGCUUGAAACUCAUCAAGGAAAGACAAUAGACCUCAAAACUCAGCUAAGUUAUUUCAAGCACGUGAAGAAGCAGCUAAAGCAGAAAGUUGGUGAUACAGAAACCAAAAGACUGUUGUCGACCGCCCUUUACUUAAUCAGCAUUGGAACCAACGACUACUUAUCACCUAUUACCGCAAAUUCAAGUUUGUUUCAUCUCUACUCCAAACAAGAAUAUGUUGGGAUGGUUAUCGGCAACCUGACAACUGUGCUUCAAGAAAUAUAUAAAACUGGUGGAAGGAAAUUUGGAUUUCUAAGCUUGGGAGCAGUAGAUUGUCUACCAGGCAUUAGAGCAUUAAACAUGAAAAACUCAGGUGGCUGUAUGAAACAAGUUACAGAUCUAAUUAAACUACAUAAUAAAGAACUUUCUGUAGUUCUGAAACAGCUAGAGUCUCAGCUACAGGGAUUUAAGUAUUCUAAUUUUGAUUUCUACAAAUCGUUUAGUGAAAGAAUUAACAAUCCAAUUAAAUAUGGAUUCAAGGAAGCGAAAUCAGCAUGUUGUGGCACAGGUGCAUUCAGAGGAAUGGGAAAAUGUGGAGGGACGGAAGAAAGAACAGUGUACGAAUUGUGUGAUAAUCCUGAUGAAUAUUUGUUCUUUGAUUCUCAUCCUUCGGAGAAGGCGAACUAUCAAUUUGCAAAGCUGCUGUGGAGUGGAAGUACUAUGGUUACAAGGCCUUGCAAUCUUAAAGAAAUAUUGAAAUUUACAGAUGCAGGGGAAAUAGAGUUUUAGGUUGAUGGGUGAUCCUCUUUGUGAAGAGUUUUGACUAUGAUAUAAGAAUAAAACUGCAUCACAUGUUGCUAGUUAAAAUCUCAAUUCUACAUUCAGAUUUUUAUGUGUCUA